AUGCCGGACUUGACGGUGAACGAGGCGGAACAGGCGGCGCGUCGUAAUCUGCGGCGACGCGAACCUGGUGAUUCGCCAGAUGCAAGACCUACAGCUGCUCCGGCAGAAUCGUUGCGAUCAUGGCUGAAGCACGAGUUCCUUCACGUGAAGCGCGUAUGGAAUCCGAGUGCAGACAAGUUAGCAAGUGCUGCGCUACAGCGGGAAGAAAGCGAAAUAAUCACCCUCAACCGACUGGACGAGAUGCUAAAACCGAAGCUGAUCGACUCAAUCGUCAGCGUAAACGCAAUCACCCGAUCCGCCGAGAGACGACGACACGCACCGGAAGUGAUGGAAGAAUCUAUCAUACAACGCAUACGGUGUCAGCGGAUCAGGCAGGCUCAAGAUGAAGAAAAACUGAUUGUAGACUUGAAGAAGUACCUAGACGGGGAGGUUAAUACCUUGACAGCAGACGAAACGAAGACAUGUUCGAAGAUUGGGGCGAAUGAUAAUGCAGACGAAAAUGGAUUACUCUUCUUUUGCCCCAAAACGCUACAACGAAACGAAGGCCGUGAUGGCGUCGUCAGGAUGGUAGUACCCGAUAACGAAAAUGGGCUGCUCUUCUUUUGCCCCAAAACGCUGCAACGAGACGAAGACCACGAUGUCGUCGUCAGGAUGUACCCGAUAGCUUGCAACGAGAUUUCCUUCAUCAUUAUCAUACCAGUCUGGAAGGAGGCAAUCAAGGUGUCGGAAGGACGUACAGGAGGAUCCAAGCGAACUUUCACUGGCGCGGAUUGUCCGAAGUGUACAACGUUGCGUGGGGGCACCGAUUGUGAAGUCGGGAAGGGAAAGCCAAUAGGUCAGGGGGAGUCACCAGGGAAUAUACAUGGUACGUAUCCUUUUCAGGUGAUAUCCAUGGACCACAUUCCAUCCGUAUCAAAGUCAUUCAAGAAAAGCAUCGAACCGCUGAUCUGGUCCGGCAUGUUCACGAGCUAUGCAAUCGAAAAAGCGGGACAGUCGAGAAAAGCACUGGCAGUGGCCGAGAAUUACGAGGAAUGUGUAUUCCGUCCUUUCGGCGAAAUCAUCGGGCAUGAUCGAGAGCCGGGCUUUAUACUUUUCCUGUGUCUUCACCGUAUCGUGAAGAUGAGGCAGAGCGUAACAAUGGUUUAUCGUGCACAGGGGAACGGCAAGGCCGAGCGGACGAUACAAACCCUGACAUGA